AUGAUUUCGGUUUCAAAAAAUGUGUUGUUUGUUUCUAUGUUACUAACUAUUGUUGUUGUUUUACAGUUUAAAGAUGGUGAAAGUGGCCCUUUCGAUAAGCCAAGAGUAUAUGUUUCUAUUGUCAACGAUUUACCUCAUAUGCAACUAAGGUUUCAUUGUAAAGACAAAAAAAAUGAUCUUGGAGAGCAAUUACUUCCAAAUACUGGACAAAGUUUCACCUUUGAUUUUCAACCUAGUUUUUGGGGUGUAACUUUAUGGUAUUGUUCAUUUUCAUUUUAUGGAUCAGAAAUUAAAUGGUUUGAUAUUUAUGUUGAAAAAAGAGAUCAAGAUAAUUGUAAACAUGAAUGUCAUUGGAAAAUUAGGACAGGAGGACCAUGUAAGGAAGUAUCUCCAUCUGAAGAAGAAUGUUUUCAAUGGAAUAAAGAUGUAGAUUCAUCAACAAGACAACUUGGUCAAUAA